CUGAGCAGGAGGAGAGAAAUCAUCAGUUGGCCAUUGUAGAGGGACGGACAAGUUUAUAAGCACGAAGACGAAGAAGAUGACAGCAGUGGUUGCAAUGCUCUGGUGGGCGGUAAUGUUGGGCGGCGUGGCAAUGCCAUUGGCUCGUGGCAGCAGCAUUGAUCAAAGUCCCCAGGCGGUGGAGAAAUGGUUCGAAGAGCUUCCUCAUGCAAAGGAGAAGCUGACAAAGCUUCACUUCUACUUGCACGACAACAUAACUGCCCAGAACCCCACCGCUAUUCAAGUGGCCCAAGCCAACAUCACCAGCAAAUCACCAACACUGUUUGGCGCAACUUUCGUCCUCGAGGACCCGUUGACCUUGGGACCGGACCCCAGUUCCAAGAUCAUAGGUCAUGCCCAGGGUAUGUAUAGUUCGGUAUCGAAAGAGGAAACCUCACUCAUUCUGAUCCUGAACUUGGUAUUCACCCAUGGCAAGUUCGAAGGCAGCACCCUCAGCCUUCUAGGCAUCGAUCCCAUAUUGCACCAGUACAGGGAGCUGCCAAUACUGGGUGGUACUGGGGUUUUCCGACUGGCCCGCGGAAUAGCCACUGCACAAACCUAUACUUUCAAUGCUACGACCCUUAAUGCUAUCGUUGAGUACCACGUUCUCGUUAUACAUUAUUGACCCUGACGGCGACGGCAUUCAUUUGUUCCUCCUAUCUUCCUUGUACCACUACUGCUACUUUUUUUUUUCUUCUUCUUCUUUUAUUCCGGACUGAAAUGGCUGAAAUAACGGCGCAAGUAUGAAUAGGCUUUCUUUCUUUCCU